CAAGCCACCGUCGGGCGGGCAUUCCUUUAAACUUGGCGUCAAUCUGGCAGGCACGAAGCAGAAAUGUCGGAGAAGUCGGAGGAACUGAUGGACUUUGAAGAAGAGGAGGUGGAGAACGCGUCCCAGUCUUCACAGGGGGAGGACACAUCCCAGUCUUCCCCGGACCGUCGUGAAGUCUAUGGACAGGGCCUUCUUCGCGACAUCGAGGCGGCCCGCCCCAAGGCUCUGGCUGCAGCUUACCGCUCGGGCAGCAUCACCCUCCGGGACAUUGUGGACGCGGCCCGCCUUUCCUCCCCCCACCCCCUUGUGUAUUCACUGUUGACUUUGACCUAGACGAGGAGGAGUUCGUGGAGAUGUCCAACGAUGAAGCAGACGCGUGGACACAACUUCAGACCAUCUUCGACCAGCGGCUGUAGGCUGAGCUCGACCAGGCGGCGGAGGACGCGGAGCAACGGGCCCGAGAAGAGGAGGCCGCUCGGAAGGCUCGGGAGCUAACAGCUCAGCGGGAGAGGGAGGAAGAAGCUGCGCGGGCCGUGCAACGGGAGCGGGAGCGCGAGGAAGCGGAGAGGCGCGCGAUAGAACAGCGGCGAGCGGCCAGGAGGCAACUAUACAACGACACGGUGAAGGCUCGCCACGAGUUCGAAGAGAGGAGGAAUCGUCUUCGCCCCGUCGAGACUUCGGCCGCUCAGCCCCCCCCCCCCCCCCCCCCCCCCCCCCCCCCCCCCCCCCCCCCCCCCCCCCCCCCCCCCCCCCCCCCCCCCCCCCCCCCCCCCCCCCCCCCCCCCCCCCCCCCCCCCCCCCCCCCCCCCCCCCCCCCCCCCCCCCCCCCCCCCCCCCCCCCCCCCCCCCCCCCCCCCCCCCCCCCCCCCCCCCCCCCCCCCCCCCCCCCCCCCCCCCCCCCCCCCCCCCCCCCCCCCCCCCCCCCCCCCCCCCCCCCCCCCCCCCCCCCCCCCCCCCCCCCCCCCCCCCCCCCCCCCCCCCCCCCCCCCCCCCCCCCCCCCCCCCCCCCCCCCCCCCCCCCCCCCCCCCCCCCCCCCCCCCCCCCCCCCCCCCCCCCCCCCCCCCCCCCCCCCCCCCCCCCCCCCCCCCCCCCCCCCCCCCCCCCCCCCCCCCCCCCCCCCCCCCCCCCCCCCCCCCCCCCCCCCCCCCCCCCCCCCCCCCCCCCCCCCCCCCCCCCCCCCCCCCCCCCCCCCCCCCCCACGUACUGCCUGCCGCCUCUGCUCCUCGCCGGGUCGUCACCUCUCCGCGUUCGCCCAGCCCCGACGUGUCGCCGUCUCAGAAGGCAGCAUCGACGCAUCCACGACCUGCUACGAGCUUUGAGGUCACCCUCGACAACCCACGGUCAGCUGCCACAUCCCCGCUCUACUACCAAUUCCUUGCUGCCGACGUUGCCUUUCUCGGUCGCCCCCUCGAUACGCCAGCGGCAGACAUCUUCUUUCACCAAGAGGACGAACACGAGGCUCGCUGGAUUUUAUCGGCGGCACAGGGCACCGCCGGUCCUUCCUUCCCGGACUCCAGGGCGUCCUUCGCGUGCGUCUUCAAUGAUUGGUAUCUGGGAACACUCCCCCCCCCCCCCCGUG